AUGGCAAGAGCUACUGAUAAGUUAAGCGAAAUAUCAAAUUUUCUUGCAUCAGAAAACAUGAGGGUGAAAUAUGUAAGGCGUGGUGUAAUACGAGUGGUUAAAAUGGGAGAGUUUAAGACAUUGUGCAAAGGCUCGCAGUAGGAUCAGUUGUAGUUGAGCUUCGUCAGGAAAGUUGGAAAGAUUAAAAUGGAGUCUAAGUUCGCGAUUUUCUUGUUAUUUGUUUUCGUGGCUGACAUGACUUCGGUCGUCAUCAGUCAGAGCAAAACUACGGUAAGUUUGUCGUGUUAUGAUAUCUAGGCACUAGGGUUUACGUACGGUACAUUUACUGGUAAUUUAGGUCAAAGCGAACAUUUAAUCAUUUAUAUUGGACAGCUGUAUCAGUUCUCGCUAGAGAACAAGUUUAUCAGUCCUUAUUGCUUGCGUGUUAACCUACAGGAGGAAAUAUAAAGUAAACUAGCUACGUUAAUUAUACUGGCUCAUACACGAUACCUCAAUCAGUUCUAAACUGUUGUCCCUUCACGUUUAGAAUAAGGACAAUCCCUUAUUGCCCCAUGCAGUGUAAGCUCAGGAAUGGAUUUACUGCGGGAGUGCAGAGGUGUGGGCAACACACUCUGGAUCUGGCUGCAUCAAUCCAUGUGUUAACUACCAAACAAGCUACCUAAUUAACCAAACUCAUUUUAUUUAUACUAGACGUUUGAUAGUUCUUCACUUUGAGUUCUGUCGAAGCUGUUUUCGUUCAACGUCUAGUAUAAGGACCAUCUUGUAUUGCUAAUUGUGUUAUUAUACCUUUAACAAAUCUUUGUCAAUUUUUAUUAGUCUUCACAGGUGACCUGUGGUUCUGCAGGUAUCCCAGUAUCCCUGGAAUUCCAGGAAAUCCCGGAAGAGAUGGUAUACCUGGGUCACGUGGUCCAGCGGGCGCGAAAGGGGAGCCUGGAGAGAGAGGAGAUGAUUACGUAGAUCUGGUGAAGUCAAAUUGGAAACAAUGUGUUUGGAAGAGAAACGAUGGCAAAGACACUGGCUUGAUACAGGUUUAAAAAAUUAAAGAUAAUAUGUAUUUAAUAACACUUCAAAUGCGAGAGAGAGGACAAUACCGGGAUUUCAAAGUCCGCGUGCGUUUUUAAAAAGAAGAACCGCAGACAAGCCUUAUUAAUGUACAAGUUCGAAGUCGAGUAUUUGAAGUGACUUCGUCAAACGUUAUAAUUUACAUAGUGUUAUUUGAAUGCUGAUUUUAAAGUUCUAAUACUUUAGUGUCCUCUAGGACAUCUUCCUUUAGUGUCUGCUGCAAAUUAAUAUAAUGAGUUUGAGAAUAUAUUCUUACAACUCUGUCUGCCCUCAAAACAAAUGUCCCCACCUUAAUAUAACUCUAAUCUAAUCCUAACCUUAAUCUAAUCCUUAUCUUUAACUUAAUUUGUCCUAAACCUUUGAAGCCUAAUCGUAUCCCAAUCUAAUCCUAACUUUAAUUCAAUUGUAAGCCUAAUUCUUACUGUAAGUCUAAUCUAAUCCUUAUAUUUACCUAAUCUAAUCCUAAGCCUUUGAAACCUGAUCCAAUCCUUACCCUAAACAUAAUCCGUAACCUUACCCCAAUUAACUUUUUUCUUUUCAGUUCAUAUAGAACUGUAUUUUCAACAAGAAAUACGACAACACCUCACUCCGUGUGUUCUACGCAGGAAGCCUAAAUUCUUAUGGCAGUAGUGUUUGCAAUCGAUGGUAUUUCACAUUUGAUGGCGCAGAAUGUACAAAACCAGCCACUAUUGAAGGAGUUAUUUGGGUUGGAUCAACCCAAGUCUACCCUUAUCGUGACCGCCAUAUUGAAGGCUACUGUAACCAGGUUCCUAAGGGUCACAUACGUGUGGGGUUUUGGAUAGGCAAGUGUCAUAGUCAUAGUCUCGGAAAUGGUUAUACUGGCUGGUAUUCCAUCUCUCGUAUUGUGAUUGAAGAAGUACCACCUCCUCAAGCUUAACAUUUAAGAAAAGAGUAUUAUUCAUAUCAUACUAUAUAACCAAACUGGACAAGUAUAUAACUUUUACAAAAGAGACUUGGGGAAAAAACUGAAAUGAUUAUGAGACAUAUUUCUGUAAUUCUCAGGAUUGUGUUUGAUGUUCAUAAUGUACUACUCAAAUGUAUCACACAAAAACUGCCUUUGCUAAAACUCAAGAUUAAAUAAAAUAUUUUCUUCAGCAUUACAUU